AUGGAUACAAUGGUAUCUGAUGAUAAUCUUUCAUCUUCUCUACAGACAACAUUAGCUGUUGGUGGUGCACUUGCACUUGUUGCUGCUGCAGUUAUUCAUCGUCAUAAAGAUAAAUUAUCUUCAUUUCUUGUCAAAGAUUUUGCUAUUGAAGAAAUGAAUCAAGAUACAGAUUGGCAACAACUUACAAUACCAGCACAGGCACAAGGAUUUUCUGAAGCGCGUGUUGCUGCAUCACUUGGUUCAAGACCAUUAAUAACAACAGGCAUAUCUACUAUUGAUGAUCGUACAUAUACUACCUUUUAUGAAGGUUUCCAAUUUGGCAAAGAAAUUGCAACUAGACAAGGUGAUGGAAAAUGUUUAGGCUAUCGAGCAGAUCGUGAAUCACAAUAUCAAUGGAUAACAUACGAAGAAGCAGAUCGAAUGGGUACAGAAAUUGGUAGUGGACUUAUUCAAUUAGGUGAAUAUUAUGGACAAAAAACCUUUAUUGGUAUUUAUGCAGUUAAUAGUGUUGAAUGGAUGACAACAGCUUUGGCAUGUCAUUUUCAUAGCAUGGUUUAUGUACCACUUUAUGAUACACUUGGUGAACCUGCUAUUGUUCAUAUAAUUAAUCAAACUUCAUUAAAAACAGUAUUUGUUGAUAAAGCUGAAAAUAUUCUUGUUCUACUUAAACUUUCUAAUCAAGUAUCAACAUUAAAACGAAUAAUUCUUACAAAAAAAUUACCAAAUGAUAAAGAUUUAGAAAUAAGAAAUAAAGCUAAAGAAAUUGGUAUUGAAAUUAUGACAUAUAAUCAAUUACAAGAACUUGGGCGAUCAAAACCAGUUGCACAUCAUCCGCCUAAACCUGAUGAUAUGUUUGAAAUUUGUUAUACAAGUGGUACAACAGGUUUACCAAAAGGUGCUAUGUUAACACAUAAAAAUGUUAUCUGUUUGAUUCAAGCUGCAUCAGAAUUUUUUAGUCCAAUUUUUACUGAAUUAGAAACACUUAUUUCAUAUUUACCAUUAGCUCAUUCAUAUGAACAAACAAUAGAACUUUAUUGUUUAUGUAAUGGUUUUAAAAUUGGUUAUUAUUUAGGUGAUGUACGUCAAUUAGCUGAUGAUCUUGCUUGUUUAAAACCAACUUUAAUGCCUUGUGUACCUCGACUUCUUAAUCGAAUGUAUGAUAAUAUUCAAUCAACAAUUCGUCAAUUAAAUCCAAUAAAACGUUUUUUAUUUAAUCAAGCAUUAUCAGCUAAAUCAGAUGAUGUUGAUAAACAUCGUAUUAAACGUCAUAUGAUAUGGGAUGGUAUUAUUUUAAAACGUAUUCAACAACGUCUUGGUGGUCGAGUUAAAUUAAUUGUUAGUGGUGCUGCACCAUUAUCACCAACAAUUCUUCAAUUUCUUAAACGUGUUUGUGGUGCUUAUGUUGUUGAAGGUUAUGGACAAACAGAAUGUUGUGGUAUAUCUACAUGUCAAAUGCUUGGUGAUCCAACAACAGGAAAUAUUGGUGUACCAUUAUGUUGUAAUAUGAUUAAAUUAGUUGAUGUACCUGAUAUGCAAUAUUUUUCAAAAGAUAAUGUUGGAGAAUUAUGUAUAAAAGGUGCAAAUGUAUUUCAAGGAUAUUAUAAAGAUGAUGAAAAAACAAGAGAAGCAUUAGAUAAUGAUGGUUGGUUACAUACAGGUGAUGUUGCUAAAUGGAUACCGACUGGUCAAAUUCAAAUUAUUGAUCGAAAAAAACAUAUGUUUAAAUUAGCACAAGGUGAAUAUGUUGCACCAGAACGUAUUGAAAAUAUUUAUAUUCAGAGUAAAUAUAUUGCUCAAGUAUUUGUUUAUGGUAAUGGUUAUAAGAGUUUUACAGUAGCUAUUGUUGUUCCUGAUAUAGAAGUUCUUGAAAAAUAUACUCGUGAAAAGGAUAUCUCCGGUGAUAUUAUAGAAUUAUGUAAGAAAAAAGAAAUUAAAGAAUUGAUAUUUAAUGAUAUAAAACAAUUAGAAAAAUCAAAUUCAUUAAAAGGUUUUGAAAUGGCAAAAGAUAUUUAUCUACAUCCUGAAUUAUUUACAAUAGAAAAUAAUCUUUUAACACCAACAAUGAAAACUAAACGACCUGAAUUAUCAAAAUACUUUGAAAAAGAACUUGAAGAAAUGUAUAAAAACAUUGAAUAA